GAAGCGCAAUGAAGCGAAGCGACGCACGCUGGUAGAGACCCCCACCGAUGUUGCACAUCCAUUCACAAAUGAAGCCCAACAAAAUGAAUCCCAAGCGGUAAUAAAUGUAUCUGCCCGUUUUUUUAUACUCCUGGGGAUUUUUCUAUAGCCUCUUGCACGACCAGUUGGCAGAAUGCGUACGUGGGAGGGGCGCACCGCAGGGGGGCUUUCACUUUGUGAGUCCCCCUUUGGGGCGCAAGCAGAGACGCCCCCGUAGUUACGGGGAGGGAGGCAAUCAUGGGCACAAUCAGAGACGCCCCCGUAGUUACGGGGAGAGAGGCAAUCAUGGGCACAACCAGAGGCGCCACCGUAGGUAUGGGCAUCAACCCGAUCGCCCUUCUACACACCGAUGCUGGAGGAGCAGGGCCCACCUGGACACGGAGGCUCAAAUUAGAGAUGUUCUGCUCUACCCCGAAGGGGGCCCAACUGGAGAGGCACAACUAGGGCAGAGAAAAGGACCCGCGUUACACGAAAAUGCUAAGUGUAAAAAAAAAGGGGGGGCUUCCAGGAAGGCACUCCUAAGGAACAUAUGUGCCGUAAUCAACGAGCAGAGUGAGGAGCCAAUGAAGCAGCUGGACGAGCUAAACACGGUCAUCCGGAGUGGCAGCAUGCGGAGUGGAAGCAUCCGAAUCGGUAACAGCGGAAGCAACCUGCUGGAGGUUGUCCGCAGUGGUGGCGACCCUUUGGCGAGCAGCUCAGCGGAAAGGAAACCCCCCUUGAAUGGCGAAGGGACCCAAAUUGUGGAGGCCUACUGGCUGUGCACGCUGAAAAAUAAACACUUGUACUCAUUUUUAAAAAAAAAAAAAAAAAUAAUUUUUAGCGUUAGCGCCGGGGUGGAUUCCCUCUCCCUCCUCUACUCCUUCCUUUUUGUCAUUUACAAAAUUUUAGUAACCAUACGGUACAGACACUCUCACAGUUACGCAUCCCUGUUGCGGAUGAUAAAUGGCGUGUACUCCUACACGUGUGAUGAUGUAAGCGAGCUUGUCCGCUCCACUGAGGGGGGUAGGGGCGCUCAAUUCUUUGCCUCCAUUCUGAGCAACGUGACCGUCGUGUACUGCAACCACAAGACGAGGGAGGACUGCGUCAAGGAGAAGAACUUCGUGAAGAACAUUUGCAGGAGGCACAAGCUGAGGUUCCGCACAAAGGUGCUCAGGAGGGGGUGGCGGGCCGAACAGGAAGGUGCGGGCCAGAAAAAUAAACCUCACCACAAACGGGGGAACAACUUUCUCCUUCUGGCCAGGGAAUGGAGGAGACACGUGUACGUGCAGCUGACGAGGCAGCUGGAGAGGGAGGCCAAGGGGGGAAGACGCAUGAGCAGAGCGCAAGGGGACCACCAAAACUUCAUGCACUUAAACGGGGGGAACACACCAAAGUACAGCUACCGGGAUUACCUGAGCGAUGUAGACCACUACAUACGGCUGGCUAAUAGGAAGCCCAUUUCGGAGGUGCUUCUCAGGGGGGAGGGGCCAACCAGCACAUCCCCAAACAUGUGGGGGACCGCUCCGAUGGCAACACCGCUUAUCACUGCACGGGCCUUCGCACGAGUGAAAUCGCUCGUGUUUGUGGGGCACCACCGGAACGACAACAACGAAACGGUGCUGUUCCACUUCCUGAGGGGGGCCUUCAUCAAAAACCUGAGGGGCAUCAAGUUCGUGACCGCGUUUAAGGACUGCCUAAUAUACAGGCCGUUUAUCAAGCUGAGCAAAAUUAACCUGUACAUGUACAUGCAGAUUGUGAACAAGUCCUGGCGCUUCGACACGUCCAACCAGAGCCUGUCCACCUCCAGGAACUUCAUCAGGCACGUGGUCAUUCCGAGCGUUUCCUCCUUGUUCGGGGGCGGGGUCGCCAGCGCGGGGAGGGCGGUCAACGAGGAUAAGACGGUCAACGAGGAUAAGACGGUCAACGAGGAUAAGACGGUCAGCGUGGAUAAGACGGUCAGCGUGGAUAAAGUGGCCAGCGUGGAUAAAGUGGCCAGCGUGGAUACGGCAGACAACCCUGCUAGCACGGCUAACACGGCUAACACCGCCAACCAUGCCAACCACGCUAGCACGGCAAACCCCGCUUCGAUGGGCGAACUGCACAGCAGCCGCGUGUACGCGUACCCCGCGCUGGACCGCAAGCUCAGCAACGUCAUGGCGCAGACGACCAACCUGGAGAGCCACCUGCAGUUCUGCGAGAAGCUCUUCGCCAUAUACAUGCACACCAAGUACUACCACCACGAGGGGAGUGCAGACGAACAGCCAAGUGGAAACCCAUUCAUCAAGGAGUACCUCCUCAUGCAAAGCAGAUUGUAUCAAUCGUUUUUUGGAACGAGGAAGGAUCAACUGGAGGGACUCAUAUCAAUUAGCAAAGUUUUAUAUGAACAUAAUUUUUUUUUAAAAGUUUUUAACUUUUUGGAGUUUUUAAUUUUACCUUCCAAAUUUCUUCGCAUGCAAAUCCUCCACGGGAUGGUGAGCAAGUACACGGGGUUGCGUUUGACAUAUGGCAGUGUGGAUCGUCUGUACAGCUCUCUCCACCAGUCUGUUCUAUCUUACAUGUGUGGCACCACAGGGGGGACGUCAUCGGAGACGUCAACGGGGACGUCAGCGGGGAAGGGGCACAUGGCCAUAUCGUCCCUCUAUGCUGGGAGAGGAGAAACACAAGGGGGACGUAACGACGCGCCGUAUAGCCUAUCAACCCAGAGGGGUAUUUCCCCCCUUAAGGAGAAAACACGAAUUAUACACCUCGAUGGAAAAAACAAACUGCUCGUUAAUAGAAUCUUCUUUCGCAUAGUUACCAGUGGAGAGAGAGAAGAGAAGGAAUCCGAAGACCCCCCUCCUCCUCAGCUAAGAGAAAAAAAUGCAAAUGUGUACGUCCUCGAUGAUAUAGCAGCACAGGUAAGCAGAGUCAAUCGCAGCAAUGUGAAUAGCAUGGCCAAUCAGAAGGGCACAUAUCUGUUCAUUAAAAAGAGGAGGAAAAAAAAAAAGGAAAAAUUCCAGGUGUAUAUUCGCUCCCUAAAGAGGAAUGACCUUUUACACAUCGGCGGAAGGCCCAUCAAGGCAACGAAAUUCCUUUCCAGGCGCGGCAUUCCCCCCGUGUACAUGUUUGCCCUCCCCGUUGUGCAUAUACCCAAUUUUAAAAAGAACAACUUGGUUUUUUUGCACCUCUUUGGGGAGACCAUCCAGAGUGGAAGCUUCUCCGUUCGCCGGUCUCUGCAGGUGGGCGACGUGCGCGGUGCCUUCGUUUACCGCAUUCGCUUCGGGGGGUAG